CGCGACCCGGUGUGCAGUAAUUUCUCCGCUCAAUCUACUUUUCUAGCAAAAUAGACGACUUCCUACCUUUCCGAUCAUGCCUUCAGAUUACACCGAUUAUCGCGACCCAAAUCGGCCAGUGCAACGCAAAGGAGCGUUGAUGGACUUUCGCACCAAGAAAUUUUACGAGAUCCCACCAAAAGACAUGUUUGGACGAUGCAGAUACGUGUCCGCGUUUCAAAAGUGUAACCGAGUCGGUGAAGGUACCUACGGAAUCGUUUUUCGGGCACGUGACACGGUUUCGAACGAGAUCGUUGCACUGAAAAAGGUACGCAUCGAUCAGGACAUAUUUAAGGACGGGCUUCCGGUUAGUGGACUGAGAGAAAUUCAAAUUCUGAAGAACUGCAGCCACGAGAACGUGGUCCAGCUGAAGGAGGUCGUAGUUGGUAACAGCUUGGAGAGUAUAUUCCUGGUGAUGGAAUUUUGCGAACAGGAUCUUGCCUCGCUGCUAGAUAACAUGGACUCACCGUUCACCGAGUCGCAAGUGAAGUGUAUUAUCAUACAGCUGCUUAAGGGUCUGAAGUAUCUUCAUUCCAAUUUCAUCAUUCACCGUGACCUGAAGGUGUCCAACUUGCUACUAACCGAUAAAGGCUGCCUAAAGAUAGCAGACUUUGGUCUGGCGCGUUACAUCAGCGAAUCGGACAAACCAAUGACACCCGGACUGGUGACACUGUGGUACCGACCACCGGAGCUACUGUUUGGGGCCAAAACGCAAACAACCGCCGUCGAUAUGUGGGCCACCGGGUGUAUCAUGGGAGAGCUGCUCGCACAUAAACCGCUUAUGCCGGGCACGAGUGAAAUCUCACAAAUAGAACUGAUCAUCAACCUGCUUGGCACACCAUCGGAGGCCAUUUGGCCCGAGUUCGCCAAGCUACCAUUGGUGCAACAUUUCACGCUCAAAGUUCAACCGUACAAUAAUUUAAAAACCAAGUUCCCCUUGCUAUCUGCCGCUGGUCUGCGUUUGCUGAAUUUCCUGUUCAUGUACAAUCCGCGGAAUCGGGCGGAGGCCGAAGAAUGUCUUCUUAGUACCUACUUCAAGGAAGCUCCAUUGCCGUGUGACCCGAAACUGAUGCCAACGUUCCCACAUCACCGGGAUUUGAAAAAAUCAGCCGGCAAAAGCACUGACCAAGGAAAACGCAACAACAGCUCGACGCACAGUAAAACUUCCUUCGACGGAGGACAUUUGCCCACUAUUUCGGAUCUACUUGGAUCACUGAUUAAAAAGCGACGCGUAGAGUAGGCACACAACACAUGAGUUACAAAUAAAGCGGUUUUUUAUUCCAC